CCUAUCUCACAACUGGGGAAGGUUCGAGCCCCUGCCUUUAUCUACGGACCACAGGGUUCUGCUGCCUUCUGCAUUUCAAGUUCUUGGUUUUCUUUUUUUGUUGAUUUGAGGUGAGUAAGGAUGGAUUUUGACUGGGUGAUGGAGUUUUUGAGGGGCAUGGUGAAGCCGGUGGCAGCGUUGGCGGUGGUGCUGAUGGCGGUGGCGUUGUCGUAUUUUCAGAAGUUAGGAUUGGAGGGUGAGAUGGUAUAUUCGAUAUUAAGGGCUUUUCUUCAGCUCUCUGUCAUUGGUUUUGUACUGCAGUUCAUUUUCACCCAGGCAAACAGUGGAUGGAUCCUGCUUGUUUACUUUUUCAUGGUAUCGGUGGCUGGUUAUACAGCGGGCCAGCGUGCUAAACAUGUACCUCGUGGGAAGUAUGUUGCUGGAGCUUCUAUCUUGGCUGGCACCGCAGUGACCCUGUUCCUGCUUGUCGUGCUAAAUGUUUUCCCUUUUACGCCGCGCUACAUCAUCCCAGUUGCGGGAAUGAUGGUUGGAAAUGCAAUGACAGUAACUGGGGUUACAAUGAAAAGACUCAGAGACGACAUCAAGAUACAAUUGAACCUGGUGGAGACAGCAUUGGCUCUUGGGGCAACCCCACGCCAGGCCACACUUCAGCAAAUGAAAAGGGCUCUGGUUAUUGCACUUUCUCCAGUAUUGGACAAUGCCAAAACUGUGGGUCUCAUCUCACUUCCUGGUGCAAUGACGGGCCUUAUAAUGGGAGGAGCUUCCCCUCUUGAGGCCAUUCAAGUGCAGAUUGUUGUAAUGAACAUGCUUGUUGGUGCAUCAACGGUUAGCAGCAUCAUGUCAACAUACCUUUGUUGGCCUGCCUUCUUCACCAAAGCCUAUCAGUUGGAAACCCAUGUCUUCCGUUCAGAUUGAGGUUCAUGUCAUUUAUGUCCUAGUGCUUAUCCCAUUGAAUGUGAUCAAAACUGAUACAUGAAGUGGGGGAAUGGUAUAAUCUGUAUCACGUUACUCUGUUUUUGGCAAUGGUAGAUCAUUUUGCA